GAGCGACUCGAGGGUCUCGAGGCAGAUUUCAGUAUCGUGGCAGCUACCAGCAACUACUGACGACUCUGCAGUGUGACAAGCACAUAGUGUACAGGACCGAGCAGAAAAUGUCGCCGCGCGCCAUGUUUAGUUUUUUUUCUUGGGCGUUGCUACUAAUUGCCAUUAUUCCGAAUGCGGCAUCUUAUAACAAAUAUGGAAGAACCUGUAAGGACAUUGGCUGCCGUAGUGAUGAAACGUGCGUGAUGGCUGAGGAUCCUUGUACCGGCUAUACAGAUAAAUGCGGACGUUAUCCGACCUGUCGCAGAACAAGUGACGCAAGUUGUACCAGUAUGGUUUGCGGAGAGAACGAAUAUUGCAAGAGCGAAAAUGGUGCGCCGAAAUGUGUGAGAAAGUCUACGGGAUUAGCACUACCUCCCGGACUAACUCAAGUGUCGCGUCAAACGACACCAAGAGUGCCAUCGCCACCGCCUAGAUCUUCAUCAUACGGAGGAAGAUACAACGGUUACUCUGGCUCCAGAAAUACCGUAGGUGACGGUUCCAUCUUCAAUCGUUUAUUCGGCAACGACCAUCGUCCUCGGCCCACUAGCUCUGUCAGAAGCACUACGCAAGCAAGCAGGAACAAUUAUUACACUACUCACACUCGCGUGGAUAGCCAUGGGAACAGAGUCUGGACAUUUUCUGAGAACGAUGAUAUGAGGACACGAACAGUUCCAAAACGGCAAACUAGUUAUCCGACAGAAACUGAUACACGUGGCUCUUCAGACACUUUUAAAAAUUCGGACGGCCAAUCGUCUCCCGCUAGAUCGUCCGGCUACCCGUCCAGCGGGUCGUCUGGCUAUCCGUCCAGUGGAUCAUCUAGAUAUCCAUCCAGUCAAUCUGGUUAUCCAUCCAGCGGAUCCUCUGGCUAUCCUUCGAGUGGAUCAUCCAAUUAUCCGUCUAGAGAAAGCUCCGGUUAUCCGACAGGAUCCGGAUAUCCAGGUGGAAAUAGCGGUUCUUCAGGAUAUCCAGAUAAUUCUAGGAAUCCUUACGGUGAGGAAACUGUUAGGCGAACCGGCAUUAACGCUGUAAAUGCUGGCUACCCGAGCCCAGGCACAUCCGCAUAUCCGCAAGGAAAUCCAUCGUACCGCAAUAACUAUCCGGGCCAAAAUGCAGGAUACCCGUACAAUAAUCAACAUCCCUCAUAUCCUAAUCAAGGUUACUCAAAUGGGUAUCCACAAAAUUAUCCGCAAGGAGGAUAUCAAGGCCAAAAUUAUAUGACGACUACCAAGCGUCCUGGCAUUCGAGAUCAACUGACGAAUUUUGCACGAAACGUAGCUGAGAAGGUACUAACGCAAACAAUACUAGAUCGCGUCACCGGCAGACAUCAAUAAAUAUAAAAGCACUGGCAUUUUCUUCUCUAGAAGAUCUGCGUAAAGAUGUCCAAAAAUAUAGCACUCUAAAAUCUAAGGAAAAGUCGAUCAAAUAUCUAGUCUUUGGUUAACUUUCGACAAACAAAUAGCUUAGUGGAAAAAUUUCACCGGAUAAAUCAAAGCUUUAUAUACAAGUUCAUUAGAACUUUGUAAUUAUUAUAUUAAAAAAGAAGUGCAAUAAUUUAGGAUGUCCUGUGUAUCACAAGUAUACUUUGUGCAAAAUAGAAAUGAUUAAUUAAUAGAUUUACGUAUAUGAGUUAAAUGUCUGCUUUUGAAGCUCUCUCGAGACACAGUUAAGUACCUUUGAAGAGAACUAAACUAAGUGUUAUAUGAUACUAUAACAAUAAUAUGUGCGAACAUAAAUCUUGAUAAUAAAACACAGUGAUUAAUAAAA